AUGGAAGAAUAAGUCACUCGUCCUGGCAAAAAGCUAUGGGCUAUAGCAAGAAAGAAAGUGAAAGUGAUAGCACGAAUAAAUGCUAUGAAAAGAAUAACUCUUUAAAAUUACUAUGGAGUGAGAGACGACAACGAUUUUGUGGAGGCCACCCAAAUUAAUAAAUGGGUGAUUUAUCCUGACUCAAAGUUUAAGGGAUUAUGGGAUUUUAUGAUAAUUCUUCUGAUGCUUUAUACAUGCACAAUUUUACCGUUUCGUUUAGCAUUUCAAGAUUCUUCAAGCGAUGUUUGGAAUACAAUAGACGAGGUCUUCAAUUAUGUAUUCAUGGCGGACAUUGUUAUUAAUUUCUUUACUGCCUAUUAGGAUGCUGAUAAUGUUUUAGUUACAAGCAACAAAUAUAUUGUAAUGAAUUACUUGAAGACCUGGUUUCUAUUGGAUGUUGCUUCAGUGAUUCCUUUUGAUUAAAUAUUCCAGCCAGAUCCAUAAACUCAAACUACCUAAACACAAGGAGGUCAGAAGGGUUCAUACACUCAAUUACUAAGAUUGACGAGACUGCCUCGUUUAUAUAGACUGUUGAAGGUGGUAAAGUUAUUCAGAAUAGUUCGAUUCCAAUAAACAAAUAGAUCCUCUAUGUUUUCAAAAUUAAUUAAAUCUUGUAUUAAGUUGGAUGCAAGUAUAAAAAGAAUGAUCAAAAUAAUGGGAAUGUCAUUGCUAUUUUUACAUUUGAGUAGUUGUUUUUAUUACUUAAUCACUAAAAUUGAAACCGAUUCAGUUACAUGGGUAACUAAUUUAGGAUUGGAGGAAGCAGAUGAGGCAACACUCUACAUUCGAUCAUUUCAUUGGGCAUUGCAAACACUAACUACAGUGGGUUUUGGAGAUGUGUCUCCGUAGACUGAUUGGGAGAAGUUGUAUGCCAUAUUCUGGAUGGGAGUAGGGAGUGCAUUCUUUUCCUUUAUGAUUUCGAAUCUUUAAGGAGCAGUUGGAGAUUCAGAGAAGUCAGCGAAGAAUAAGAUUAUGAGAUUGAAUGUGAUUCAAAACAAAAUAAAGAUUCCGGAUUAUUGUAAUUUAAUUAUUCAUUUUAGUGUUGAGAAUUCUAGGUAGUAGAUCAUUUUGCAAACUAAACCCUUAAUCAAAUAGUUGCCUACCUGUUUAAGAUCGUCAGUGUAAUUAUGCAUCUAUGCUCAUGUUAUUGAAAAAAUUAAAUUUCUAUAAGACAAGGAUAUCGAAUUAAUUAUGGAUGUGAUUCCUAAGAUAUCUCCAUUGAAUUGGGCUUAAGGGGAUAUUUUAUUUUCCACUGAUGAUUAUGCCGAAGAGAUCUAUUUCGUUUCAAUCGGAGAAAUCACUACUAGAGCUGCUGAUGGUUCUACAAUAUCCGUUUAUAGAGAAGGCGAUACUCUAGGGUUGUUGGAGGCAAUUUAUGAUGUGAGAAGGAUAGGAACUGCAAUAUGCAGUAAAAAUACAUAACUGUUUAGUUUGGAUAGAACAACUUAUUUAUAAAUGUUGUAGGAUUACCCGUAAUUGCUCUCAGAAGUCAAGUAAUAGGUAGACAAAAGAAUUAAAGAAGUAAAGCCUUUUGUUGAGGAUGCUACCAUUUUGAACAGAUCAAUUUAUGAGGUUAUGUAAGACUAUUAAAGGAAGAUUAACAAAAUUAAAAAAAUAAUAGAAUAAUUAUAAAAGUCAGAAGAUAGCAACGAUAUCAUAGAUACUGAUAAAAAUCAAUUAUAAAUAUUUUUGUAGACCAACACUUAAUUAGGAGAUAUUAUGAAUCUACAAAGAGAAUCCAAUUCUAGAGAAACUGUAAUGUUUGAAAAUGCCAAAAGCAUGAACAACCUAAUUGAUUAACUAGCUGAUUUGUGGUAAAAGUAAUUGAUCGAAAAAAUUGAUUAAAUGCAUACAGAAACUACUUAUAUGAUUCAAGCCGUUCAAGAUAGAGUAGAAUAUUAUCAGAAGGCUACUAAGAAGUUUUCAAAUCUUAAGAAUGACCUAACCAAACAGAAAGAAAACAUAUAGAGCAUGACAAAAAUAUGA